AGAAAAGGAUGUAGCAGGAUGGUAUAAGUUGUGGAGAAAAACUCCUUUCAUUUGGAGAGCAGCAGAAGUUUGAGGAAAACCGGACAAACCCAGAAUCAAACUGAACCUGUAUUUGGGCCGCAGCAUGACACAAGGGGAUAAAAGGUGUUUGCACUGUCACGUACUUGGAUUGGUGGUGCUGUUAGCCGUCUUUUCUGGACUUGGAGACGCUAAGGAGGAGUUAGAAGAUGUGAUCCUAUACAACACAACACACAGUAACGCAGGAAGUGAAGAGGAACCACGGGUUUUGGCUAUUCAAAGGCCCUGCGGUCCAAAACACGAGGGAUACUGUUUCAACGGUGUGUGCACUUACUCCUCCACCCUGGACACCCCCAUCUGCCGGUGUCACAAAAUGUACAGCGGUGCGCGCUGCGAACACGUGAUUAUGGACACCCACAAAUCGUCUAGUCCCGAAGAAGUCAUUGGAAUUAGCUGUGGUGUUGUUUUGUUAUUGGCCUUCAUCGUCGGACUGGUGGGCUUCUGUUUAAAGAAAAGGUGUCAGAAGUCAUCACCACCCUACCAGAGCUAUGGCUCUAAAACCUCUGUUUAAGUUUUUAGGUCCGGAUAUAAUUUAUGUUCUUGAAUAAAGCGCUUUUAGGCCUGAGACGAGGAGGAGGACCGAGACAGGCCGGAGUGUGGAGAAGAGACACUACACCAUCUAGAGAACGAAGCGAGAACUGCAAAGAAACACUUUGACCAUAUAUGACGUUAAUUAAAGUAAUUUAUUACAAUAGCAGUCAGAAUGGGAAAAUCCAUUAUUAUUGUAGAUUAUAUAACUUAUAAUAUAACUUGUGCGCUGUAUAUAAAAAUUAUUUACUAACUUACAAACUGCAUGUAGAAAUGUCCAUCAGGUGAAUUUUUUUGUUAUCCGUAAGCAAUUCCCCCACACUGCCUUUGUUAUGAAUGUAUUAUGUAAGUGCACAUAAGUAUUUAUUGCAACAGCUAUAAACAUAAUAAUACUAAAUAUAAAACCUAAACUGUG